AUGGAGCCACUCAAUGAUGAUAUUAAAUUUUCAUUCACUGAUUUGGACAAUUUAGAAGUUGAAAAUUCAAUAAAAUAUCUUCAAGAUACUCAACAAAAAAAAGAUAAAUUAAGAAAUCUUUUUAUACAAUUUCCAGGUAUAAAAAAACUAGCUCUUGAUUUAUGUAAAAAUUCAAAAGAUGGAAAAGAAAUCCAUUCUUUUUAUAAUGGAAUAGUUCAAGUGGGAAAAGGAAAUAAUGAAAAAGUUGAAAUUAAAAAAAAAGAAAAUAUUUUUUUAAGAUUCUUAAAAUAUUUUUUUAACUUUGGCUUUUUUAUAAUCAAAACAAUUCUUUUUCUUUAUUUUAUAAUUUUGGUUAGUGGUAAUUAUGAAUUUUUAUCAAAAUCGUUAUAUCUUCAAAAUAUUAUGGAAAUAAUUUCAAAUUAA